CCAGCUAUUUGUUGGUUCUCUAUGUAAGAUGCUGAACACGAACUAUACGUAUGCCUACGUUAAUCAACCUGUUCGGCAGUGUCUGGCGGUUGCUAGCUAUAGGCUACUGCUUCAUCCCCUCUGUAGCUACCCAGGGCCGUUUCUUGCAAAGAUCACGCAAGCCUAUGCUGGGUAUUAUGUGGUACGCAAACGGGAUCACCUGGAAGUUUAUGAGCACCACAACCAAUAUGGGCCCGUAGUCAGGGUAGGGCCAAAUAGACUAUGUUUUAACACGGUUACCGCUUUCCGAGAUAUAUACCAGAAUGAACGCAUCACCAAGGCCUCGGGAUAUACAGCUGGGGCAUUGAAUAACGCCCCGAACCUUUUCUACAUUAUAGACAACAAACCGCACCGCCAUAAGCGAAAUAUAAUGGCCCAGGCUCUUUCUGACCGCUCUCUACACACCUUUGAGCCAGUUAUAUUAGAUAAGCUUGACACGACUCUGAGACAAAUUCUACACGCAUCUAGAACAUCUACCCCUACUGAUAUGACCGAAAAAUUGAGACAGCUUGGCCUUGAUAUCGUUGGCCGGCUAGCUUUCGGCUAUGACCUAGACGUACAGACCAAGCAGGAGAAUCGCCCCAUGAUAGAUGGCAUGUCCUUUGGCAAUUUCCGCUUCAAUGUGUACUUAAACAUCCCUUGUCUUGCAGCUGCAUGUCUAAGGAUUAUUGAGAAGCUGGUGGGCGUAGGUCCGCGGAAGAAGUUUUUCGCAAGAGUGAAGAAGAUGAUUGUCAGUCGAAUGGCCCAAGACAAGGACGCACAGCAUGACUUAUACUCUAUUGCAGCUGAUGCAUAUGGGGAUUUGAGCCCUGGAAGUGGGUUUUGGAACGAUGCUCUGCUCUUCAUCGCCGCCGGUGGUGACACAACGUCUAGCGCCGUAUGCAGCACCUUGUUCUACCUAACACAUUAUCCUGACUGCUAUCAAAGCCUUGCCCAAGAAAUUCGAUCGACAUUUAGGAGUGGGAGGGAAAUUAAGACCGGAUCUCAACUUGCUAGUUGUCAAUAUCUUCGAGCAUGUAUAGACGAGUCACUGCGCAUGUCGCCUCCUAUAGUGACCACGACCUGGCGCGAGCAGAUCCGUGGCACCAACGUGUCGGAGCCGCUGAUCGUGGACGGGCACGUCAUUCCUCCGGGCACUUUUGUUGGCGUGAAUCUAUAUGCCCUUCAUCAUAAUGAAGAAUACUUCCCGGAUUCAUUUACAUACAAGCCAGAACGCUGGAUCAAGGUAGACACCGGGGCACCGGGAGAGACGCCUAAGCAAAGCCAUAGAGCCGCCUUUGCUCCUUUCUCGGCAGGGUCCCGUUCCUGUCUGGGAAAAAGCAUGGCGUACCUGGAAUUGAGCCUAGUUGUGGCAAAGAUAAUGUGGUACUUCGACUUUGAGCGUGCACCUGGGAAGCUGGGGGAGAUUGGCGGGGGAACUGUUGGCGCCACCAAUGGCCGAGGACGGCCAGACGAGUAUCAGGUAGAUGAUAUUUUCAUUUCGCAACAUCGAGGUCCGUACUUGGUUUUUGUCCCGCGUGGAGACACAUGUAUGGACUUGGAGUGAACUCCACUACACACGGAUCAAGCCGGCCGGAAGAAGUAUGGGUAAUCAAAGCUCGCUGGGAUUCAACAUCUCAGACUGGGUGGCUUUAUUUGCUUUUACCCCUGGGAGAGUGACCUGGAAGUUUAUCGAGCUAGGCAUUUUUCAAAUUUCCCAAGUAUAGUACCGCGUCUCCGGGUUUGAUUGGUCUUACAUGUCUGCUCAGUGUUGUGUUCACUGCAUAUGAUCCUAUCCGCUUUCCUGACUGAGACCUUGUGAGGAAGGCGAUAGUCCCUUGGUAGUUACCAUAGCAACAAUUGAGUUAUCAAAUAUAUCUCUGCUAUCACGGCAUGAGAGUACAUUGUCACCAACAACACCUAAACAAACUCCAAAUUCUCAAACUUCAGACACGAAAACCACGUCUCGACCCCACAGGCGAUACCAAAUGAGGAUUCCGUCUGCAGCAGUCUGCCGUCUUAGACCUGCAACAGUCUGCCCCUUUCCCACAUGUCCCAUCAGCCUCUCCCCGACAACCACUGAAACACAAGUUACUCC